GUGAGGUAUACAACUUUGCUGAGUACCUCGACAUGAAUCCCAUUUGUAACCACAGCAGGCCACAUGUUUUCAAAAUAAUAAACCAGAAUGGCAAAGCUGUGAUUUACACAAAAAAGUGGUCCACCGAUAAGACUUGGAAUGUAUGCGAAGGAAACUUCUUGUUGAAGAGUUGCCCGUCAGGACCAGUUUCACAGAUUGCCCCAUCGUUGGAACGCAUUGAUGAUAAGGUCAUCAAUGAUAUGCAGACGUUUGCUUCUUUCUACAAGGACAAUGCCAUGGCCAACUACUGGGACAAAUAUUUCAAUGAACUUAAGGAAAUAGAGGACAGUUGGAUGGAUGAGCCAGUGCACAUCCUUGAUCUGCUUAUGCAGAAAAGGAGGCAAGAGGACACAGCAGCCUCAGAUGACUUAUCAGACUUGCUGGGAAUCGCAAAAAUAGACGAUCCCAUCCCUCCUGUAAUAAUAGGCAACAAGAAGGCUGCUGCUGCCUCUGCUGCUCCAGCGAAAGAAACGAUCAAAGAAGGCUUCUUUGUUUUACUUGACUGGGCGAAAUAUGCAGAUGAGUGGCCCCAGCUUGCCAAAGUCAUUAAUAUUGUAUCGCCUGCAGAGGUUGAAAUUCACUGGUACAAGGGGGCAAAAACAACAGCCUGGACUCCUGCAAGUAGGAGAAUGAAAGGCUGCAAAGGUGGUAAGACUGAACCCUUUGUUGAAACUGUGAACACCAAUGUCAUCUGGUGCAGAGGGUUCAGUCUUACCCCUUCUGGGCACUUGCCCAAACACAUUAAGGAUCAGGUAGAUGUUUAUUUUGACUAGAGCAUCUACAAACACUUAAUCACACUUCUUAUUAAGAAAUACAAUUUUCUAUGAUGAUUUCUUGUCGAAUAACCCACAGCACGAGCGAUUUGAUA